AUGAAUGCCGACGUCGAGCUGGGUGAGCGAAACGCUACCCUCCAAGACAGAGAAGCUCAUCACCAUCAGUUUCACAUUCCGGAGAACCUUAGAGUAUUGGGCCAUCAGAUUGCGCAGGAGAUAUACUACGACGAUGAUAAUAACGAAGAAGUUCAACACUUUCAGUAUAAGCCUGAAUUAGAACAUAAAUUUUCAGUUGGGUCCAUUGUUGGCUUGGGAUUUUCUUUGAUGAAUGUUCCUUUCGGUGUCGCAUCUACACUAUCGAUCGGCUUAGUUUGCGGUGCAAAUGCAACAAUUUUCUGGGGUUGGCUUUUAUUUGGUUUCUUUUCCAUAAUGAUAUCUCUUUCGUUAAGUGAGAUUGCAUCGAAAUUUCCAACCUCAGGAGGAGUUUACCAUUUUUCAUGUAUCUUAUCUAACGAAAAAUACUCGUUAAUAACCUCUUGGUUUGACGGAUGGUAUUUGCUCAUCGGAAAUCUAUUGAUGUUUGUUUCGUACUCCUUUGGUGGCGCCCAAUUUGUACUUUCAAUAUUCGGACUAUCUCAAAGUGAUUAUAAAGAAAACAGUUUGCUGAUUAUGUUGGCUUUUGUCAUUAUCAUUUUUGUUUCAACCAUCAUAAACUUGAAAUUUCAAGGCUCCUUGGAGAAAUUUAACGAAGUUUGCAUUUACUGGACGUUUUACACAAUACUUAUUGCUGAUAUACUUAUAUUGUUGUUUGCCUCUGAGUUUCACAAUUUAAAGUAUGUUUUCACCCACUUCGAUGCCUCAAGGUCUGGAUGGCCAGAUGUAGUCGCUUUCAUAAUAGGUGGUAUCCAAUUCUCUUCAAUGACGUUCAAUGGAUAUGGCGCAAUUGUCUCAAUGAGUGAAGAAGUAAAAGAUCCUGAGAAAACAAUUCCAAAAGGGUUGACUUACUCGAUUUUUGCAAGUAUAGUAACUGGCAUUAUUUUUAUCAUCCCAUUACUAAGUGUUUUGCCAGAACUAAGCCGACUAUUAGAUGACAAUCCUGACAUUUUCCCAAUAGAUGUGAUUCUCAAAUUGUCAACUAGAUCAUUUUUAGUAUCCUUGUUCAUAUCGUUGAUGAUUGUUGGUGCAAUUGUUUUUGCAUGCGUUGGUGCACUCACUACUGUCUCAAGAACAAUAUACUCUCUAGCCAGAGAUCAUGGAUUACCUUAUGGCAGCAUAUGGCAGCAAUUAAACACUACUACAGACAUGGAAACUGUUCCACGGAAUGCACUUCUUUUAGCUGUGUUUGCAUCGAUGAUACUAGGAUCAUUCUCACUAAUAUCUACAAGCGCUUUCAAUGCUUUUCUUGGUUGUUCAGUUAUGGCAAUGAAUGUGGCCAACGGAAUACCAAUUCUUUGCUCUCUAAUAAAUAAAAGGAAAAAAAUCAGGGGGGCUACUUUCAAACUACGUAAGGUCGGGUACGUUGUCAACAUUUUCAGUUGUUUUAUGAUUUUUCUGACCUGUAUUGUCCUAUGUUUCCCGCCAUCUCUUGACAUCGAUAUCCAAUCCAUGAACUACUCUAUUGUUGUAUUUCUUAUCUUUUCGAUUUCUAUAUGGGUUGGAUAUUACGCAUGGGGAAAAGAAAAUUUCGUUGGGCCACUACUGGUUGUUGAGCCUGAAUCAAAUUCCGUCGUGAAGGUAGAGACGUCCCGAAAUGCCACAAUGGUGUCACUGGCGGCUAAAUAG